AUGGUUCGUGUCACCAUUAAAGGUGGUGUCUGGAGAAACACAGAGGAUGAAAUUCUAAAAGCGGCUGUUAUGAAAUAUGGAAAAAAUCAAUGGUCUCGUAUUGCAUCUUUGUUACAUCGAAAAUCGGCCAAGCAAUGUAAAGCAAGAUGGUUUGAAUGGUUAGAUCCAGGAAUAAAAAAAACCGAAUGGAGUCGGGAUGAAGAUGAAAAGUUAUUGCAUAUGGCCAAAUUGAUGCCAACACAAUGGCGCACAAUCGCACCGAUUGUAGGCCGUACGGCAGCACAAUGUCUGGAACGUUAUGAAUAUUUAUUAGAUCAAGCUCAACGUCGGCGAGAAGGUUUAGAUGAAAACAAUGAUGAUCCAAGAACAUUGCGUCCGGGUGAGAUUGAUCCAAAUCCAGAAACAAAACCAGCGCGUCCAGAUCCAAUUGAUAUGGAUGAGGAUGAAUUAGAAAUGUUGUCGGAAGCACGUGCGCGUUUGGCAAACACACAAGGAAAAAAAGCAAAGCGUAAAGCAAGAGAAAAACAACUCGAAGAAGCAAGGCGUUUGGCUGCAUUACAAAAACGUCGAGAACUUCGUGCAGCUGGUAUUGAAGUACGACGAUAUCACAGUCGAAAACGUGGUGUCAAUUACAAUGUUGAAAUUCCAUUUCAAAAACUUCCGGCAAUUGGUUUUUAUGAUACAUCGAAUGAAGAAUUUGAUCCGGAAAAAGUUGAUUUUCGUCGUUUACGAAAAGAUAAUGUCAAUUCUGUACAAAAAGAAGAAAAUGAACAACGUGAGAUGAAGAAGGAUAAAGACAAAUUAAAACGAAAAAAAGAAGAAGACUUACCGACGAUGAUUAUGAAUGAAAAUAAAUUAGAACCAAUUCGUAAGCGAUCGAAGUUAGUGUUACCCGCACCACAAAUAAGUGAUAUGGAGUUAGAACAAGUAGUUAAAUUAGGACAAGCAACAGAAAUGGCAAAACAGCAAGUGACCGAAACUGGUACACCGGCAACAGAAACAUUACUCGGUGAUUAUAAUUUGACACCAGAUUUGAGUAAAUUACGAACACCACAAUUACCAUCCGCACUUGACAGCGUGAAUAUUCAAGCACAUAAUCUGAAUAUAUUGACAACUCUCGAUACACCCUUGAAAGGUGGUCAAAGUACUCCGUUGAUGGAUGUUAGUAACGAAAAAACAAAAUCAGGUUUAAUAAUGACAACGCCAAAUACGCUAUAUGCGACACCUUUUCGUACUCCUCGCGAUGUGACAAAUAAUACACCAUCAGUUCGAGCGAUUCAAACACCCGGUGAUCUUAUGAAUGGUAUAGGAACUGUAUCAACAAUAGGUGCGACGCCUGGCAUAACACCCGUUCGAGAUAGAUUGAAUAUUAAUGCUGAAGAUGGCUUGUUCGACGAUCAAAUGAAACAGCAAGAAGUGAAACAGCAAUUACGUCGCAAUUUAGCACGUUUACCAACGCCGAGAAAUGACUACGAAAUUGUUUUACCAUCUGACGUUGAUAGUGUCAGUGAAUUUUCACACGAUGAUGAACGAAUGGAUACAUUAAAUGGCGAUGAAGAUCAAGGCGAUAUUGAUAAACGUACACAAGAAGAAAGAAAACAACAACUUCGUGAACAUUUCAAACGUCAAACACAAGCUGUACAGCGUCAACUUCCAAGGCCCAUUGAUAUUAAUCAUACUAUAUUGAGACCAGCGACAAUUGAAGCACCGAUGAACGAUUUACAAAAGGCAGAAGAAUUAAUAAAACAAGAGAUGCUUGUUCUACUACAUUAUGAUGCCUUGAAUAAUCCAGUUAGUGGCACAUCAGUAUCGUUACAAAAUGCAAGAAAAGAUAGUGAAAAGAAUAGUACAUAUUUAGAUGCACACUCAUAUGAACAGUUUAGCGACGAUGAUCUAUUACAGGCACGUACAAUGUUAGAAACAGAGAUGAAUUUAGUUAAAAAGAGUAUGGGACAUGGUGAUAUUGGUUUGGACACAUAUUCGAAAGUAUGGGAUGAAUGUUAUUCACAAGUAUUAUUUUUACCAUCAAAAAGUCGUUUUACACGUGCUAAUACAGCAACGAAAAAAGAUCGUAUUGAAUCGUCGGAAAAAAAAUUAGAGUUGAAUCGUAAUCUAAUGGCACUUGAAGCUAAACGUGCAGCUAAAUUGGAGAAAAAAUUAAAAAUGUUACUGGGUGGUUAUCAAUCACGCGGUCAAGCUCUAAAUAAAGCUUUAAAUGAUAUUUACGAACAAAUUGAUCAAUUACAAGUAGAAUCAAAAACGUUCGAAGUAUUACGACAAAAUGAAACUCAAGCAAUUCCAAAACGUAUUGAAGUAUGUAUUAAAAAUGAUGUUCUACACGACGAUGUUAUAAGACAAGAACAACGUGAAAAAGAAUUACAAGCACAUUAUCAAGAUUUAAUGGAAGAACGUAGUGAUUUAUUACAACAAUUGUAA